UCGGCCGUGGAACCAUAGCCGCCAUUUCAAGACCGUGAGUGCGAGGUUGAUGGCCAACCAGAGUUCUUAAGGUUCAAAGCUUGUAACUGCUGCCGCCGCUUAAGCCUUUCAAAAUCCUGAUAAGGCUGCUGCCCUUUUUCUACUACCUCCAGAUACAUUCUUGCCAGUAGUGGCGGCAGCAGGAGUCAAUUACCCUGUUUUUGCUCUCCCUCAAGAAGCUCCAGAUGGCGUCUUCCGUGGGCAACGUGGCCGACAGCACAGAACCAACGAAACGUAUGCUUUCCUUCCAAGGGUUAGCUGAGUUGGCACAUCGAGAAUAUCAGGCAGGAGAUUUUGAGGCAGCUGAGAGACACUGUAUGCAGCUCUGGAGACAAGAGCCAGACAAUACUGGUGUGCUUUUAUUACUUUCAUCUAUACACUUCCAGUGUCGAAGACUGGACAGAUCCGCUCACUUUAGUACCCUGGCAAUUAAACAGAAUCCCCUUCUGGCAGAAGCUUACUCGAAUUUGGGGAAUGUAUACAAGGAGAGAGGGCAGUUGCAGGAAGCAAUUGAACAUUAUCGACAUGCAUUACGUCUCAAACCUGAUUUCAUCGAUGGUUAUAUUAACCUGGCAGCCGCAUUGGUAGCAGCAGGUGACAUGGAAGGAGCAGUACAAGCUUAUGUCUCUGCUCUUCAGUACAAUCCUGAUUUGUACUGUGUUCGCAGUGACCUGGGGAACCUGCUCAAAGCCCUGGGUCGCUUGGAAGAAGCCAAGGCGUGUUAUUUGAAAGCAAUUGAGACGCAACCAAACUUUGCAGUAGCUUGGAGUAAUCUCGGCUGUGUAUUCAAUGCGCAAGGGGAGAUUUGGCUUGCAAUUCAUCACUUUGAAAAGGCUGUCACCCUUGACCCAAAUUUUCUGGAUGCUUAUAUCAAUUUAGGAAAUGUAUUGAAAGAGGCACGCAUUUUUGACAGAGCUGUGGCAGCUUAUCUUCGUGCCCUAAGCUUGAGUCCAAAUCAUGCAGUGGUCCAUGGCAACCUGGCUUGUGUAUACUAUGAGCAAGGCCUGAUAGAUCUGGCAAUAGACACCUACAGGCGAGCUAUUGAACUGCAACCUCAUUUUCCUGAUGCUUACUGCAACCUAGCCAAUGCUCUCAAAGAGAAAGGCAGUGUUGCUGAGGCAGAAGAUUGUUACAAUACAGCUCUCCGUUUGUGCCCCACUCAUGCUGACUCUCUCAAUAAUCUAGCCAAUAUCAAACGAGAACAGGGAAAUAUUGAAGAGGCAGUUCGUUUGUAUCGUAAAGCAUUAGAAGUCUUCCCAGAGUUUGCUGCUGCGCAUUCCAAUUUAGCAAGUGUAUUACAACAGCAGGGCAAACUGCAGGAAGCUUUAAUGCAUUAUAAGGAAGCUAUUCGAAUAAGUCCUACCUUUGCCGAUGCCUAUUCUAACAUGGGAAACACUCUUAAGGAGAUGCAGGAUGUUCAGGGAGCCUUGCAGUGUUAUACUCGUGCCAUCCAGAUUAACCCGGCCUUUGCAGAUGCGCACAGCAACCUGGCCUCCAUUCACAAGGAUUCAGGGAAUAUUCCAGAAGCAAUAGCUUCUUACCGCACGGCUCUGAAACUUAAGCCUGAUUUUCCUGAUGCUUAUUGUAACUUGGCUCAUUGCCUACAGAUUGUCUGUGAUUGGACAGACUAUGAUGAGCGAAUGAAGAAGUUGGUCAGUAUUGUGGCUGACCAAUUAGAGAAGAACAGAUUACCUUCUGUGCAUCCUCAUCACAGUAUGCUAUAUCCUCUUUCUCAUGGCUUCAGGAAGGCUAUUGCUGAGAGACAUGGGAACCUUUGUUUGGAUAAGAUUAAUGUCCUUCAUAAACCACCAUAUGAACAUCCAAAAGAUUUGAAGCUCAGUGAUGGUCGACUGCGUGUAGGAUAUGUGAGUUCUGACUUUGGAAAUCAUCCUACUUCUCACCUUAUGCAGUCUAUUCCAGGCAUGCACAAUCCUGAUAAAUUUGAGGUAUUCUGUUAUGCCCUGAGUCCAGAUGAUGGUACCAACUUCCGAGUGAAGGUAAUGGCUGAAGCCAAUCAUUUCAUUGAUCUUUCUCAGAUUCCAUGCAACGGAAAAGCAGCUGACCGCAUCCAUCAGGAUGGAAUUCACAUCCUUGUGAAUAUGAAUGGUUAUACGAAGGGUGCUCGAAAUGAGCUCUUUGCUCUCAGGCCGGCUCCUAUUCAGGCAAUGUGGCUGGGAUACCCUGGGACUAGUGGUGCGCUUUUUAUGGAUUAUAUCAUCACUGAUCAGGAAACUUCACCAGCUGAAGUUGCUGAGCAGUAUUCUGAAAAACUGGCUUAUAUGCCCCACACUUUCUUUAUUGGUGAUCAUGCUAAUAUGUUCCCUCACCUAAAGAAAAAAGCAGUCAUUGAUUUUAAGUCCAAUGGGCACAUUUAUGACAAUCGGAUAGUUCUGAAUGGCAUCGAUCUCAAAGCAUUUCUUGAUAGUCUGCCAGAUGUGAAAAUUGUCAAGAUGAAAUGUCCUGAUGGAGGAGACAAUGCAGAUAGCAGUAACACAGCUCUUAAUAUGCCUGUCAUUCCCAUGAAUACUAUUGCAGAAGCAGUUAUUGAAAUGAUUAACAGAGGACAGAUUCAGAUAACAAUUAAUGGAUUCAGUAUUAGCAAUGGACUGGCCACUACACAGAUCAACAACAAAGCUGCCACUGGAGAGGAGGUUCCUCGUACCAUUAUUGUAACCACCCGUUCUCAGUAUGGUUUACCAGAAGAUGCCAUUGUAUACUGUAACUUCAAUCAGUUGUAUAAAAUUGACCCGUCUACUUUGCAGAUGUGGGCAAAUAUUCUGAAACGUGUUCCCAAUAGUGUGCUCUGGCUGUUGCGUUUUCCAGCAGUAGGAGAACCUAAUAUUCAACAGUAUGCACAAAACAUGGGCCUGCCCCAGAACCGGAUCAUUUUUUCACCUGUUGCUCCUAAAGAGGAGCAUGUCAGGAGAGGCCAGCUGGCUGAUGUCUGCCUGGACACUCCACUCUGUAAUGGUCACACUACAGGGAUGGAUGUCCUCUGGGCAGGAACACCGAUGGUGACUAUGCCAGGAGAGACCCUUGCUUCUCGAGUUGCAGCUUCUCAGCUCACUUGCUUAGGUUGUCUUGAGCUUAUUGCAAAAAAUAGACAAGAAUAUGAAGACAUAGCUGUGAAACUGGGAACUGAUUUAGAAUACCUAAAGAAAAUACGUGGCAAAGUCUGGAAGCAGAGAAUAUCUAGCCCUCUGUUCAACACCAAACAAUAUACAAUGGAACUAGAGCGGCUCUAUCUGCAGAUGUGGGAGCAUUAUGCAGCUGGCAACAAACCUGACCACAUGAUUAAGCCUGUUGAAGUCACUGAGUCAGCCUAAUAAAGACUAUGUACAGGAGAAUUACCCCUAUACCUGAGCCUCAGCCUCCUGGGGGAAAGGGAUCUAGAUAACAUACUUCUUACUUAUCUGUGCAGUACCAUGUUGCAGAUGGGUAAUAUAUCAUGAUAAUAGAAUAGCACAGCCAGACUUGCUUCCUACACAGUAAGGAGAAACACAAGAGAUGGAAAAAUGCUGGUCCACAAGGAAUCUCCAGAGUUUUGCAUCAACCAGGUCUGGAAGGUCUGAUCUCCCUUGGUCUUCCAUGGGAUGGUUAGUGUGGAGGGGAGAUAUGGAUUGUCCAGCCCUUGUGAUUCCAUGGAUCGAUUGAGUCUUCUGAAUUAGUCCCCCCCCUUUAUGUUUUGGGUUUUGGAGCUUUUAAAAAUAUUUGGUUUCAGAUAUUUUUUAUCACCAUGUGAAGUCUUUUUGAUUCUCUUGAGAUCAGGUUUUUUUUUUUUUUUUUUUUUUUUUUUGGUUUUUCUCCGGUACCGGGAACCGAACUCACGACCUUGCGCUUGCCAGGCAGGCGCUUUUGCCGCUGAGCUAAAUCCCCAGCCCCCGAGAUCAGGUUUUAAGCUAAAAUGUUGCUCCCUGUUUUAGUUUCAAAACCCUGACAGAUUAAGGACUUUGCUGGUGUAGUCUUUUUAUAGGUUUUAUAAACCACUUGAGCCUAUAUCAGUCAUUUUAGUGUUUGAUCUGAUGUUUGAAGCUAUCUGGUUUUUUGGUUUAGAAAAUGACUCAAGAUUUUUUCUUGUCUAUUUCCUAUUUCCUUCUCUCCUCAACCUCACCCUCGCCCUUACCCCCUUUAAAAAUUCUCCUGUAACUAAGCUAACAAAAUUAAUGUCUGAUUCAAAACAUCCCAGAGUGUUUCUCUUGAACACAUCAUCUGGUGCCAAAUGAAAAUUUUUAGGACUGAUUUACUAAUUACGAAGGGCACAGUUGUGGUACUGUCAUCGAUUAGUACAGGUUUUUUUUUGCUUAAUUGCGAUCUCUUUCACCAGUGUUUUACCCUUGAUUGCCUCUUUUAUGCUGCUUCCACAAAUGAUAGUGUGUGAUAAGACUUUGCCUUCCUUUCUAAAGUUGUUUUUUUUAAAGUGAGUCCUGUUCUUCCUAUUUCUUUCAGCAGAAAUGAUCCCAGGUAAGUAUAAAUAUUCAAAUAUUUGAUCAGUAAGUUGCAGUUAUCUUCAAUUCACUACAUUAAGUAACAUUGAAAAGCGUGUUACAGGUAAAAUCACGGAAGGACCAUCUCUGUAUAAAAUUAGUUAUUUUUCAGACUUCGUUAGGGUAUUAUAUAAUAGCUGUCUUCUGGACUUGGUUUUGAAGUCUAUAUGGAUUCAGCCUCAUUUAUAGUGAACUGCACUGUUACUUGGUAUGGAGUACAAAUUAAGCUUUAUAAAGCCCUCUUGAAGCUUCAGUUUUUGGUAUCAAAAACCAUAGGAAUAAAAUUACCAAAUUUCACAAAGGGUCAGGGGCUUGAGGCUUAAGCCAACAUAUGAAAAUGUUUGUCUUGCUGUACUGCACUUAUGAUAUCAAGUCACAGAUAAUUUUUUGUCUGCUAGUAGUGUUCUAGAUAAUAAUGUCUUUCCAAAGCUCUGAGGCAGUGAACCUAUUCUGUAGUUGGAGCUAUUGCCUGAAUGUAUCCUGGCUGACAUUAUUGAAAAAUAUGAAGAACUUGAAUUUCUGAAAGAUUCUUACUGCUAACCAAAAUCUGAGUAAAGAGUCUUACAUGUAAUUCUGUUUCAGAAUUACAUGUUAAUGACCCGUGUGUACCUUUCAACAAUGUAAAUCAAGAGACAUCAGUUAAGGGAUUUCUCAGUUUAUUUUUUAUCUGAUUGAGCUAUCAGUUAAGGUUGCUAGCAUGGUUGCCGAUAAACUGAUGUGAAGUUCACUGAGCUGCUCAUUGUGAAAUAGGGUACUAUACUUCCAAUGCCCUCAAGGCUGUAGCCUUACAGCUGUCUGACAUAGCACAUCAUUCCUCCUAUAGGGAUGAACUUCCUGGCACGAACAGUAGCCGCUCUGGUUGAAGCUUCGCUUAUUGUAAUAGGCUUUUAUUCCCAGGUAAUACGUCUGUGGAAGACUUAAUUCUGAAUAGAGAUAUAGACAUUACUGGAAACUAAUUUUUUUCUAUUAUACUCUGCUUUAUCAAAAAAGUAAAACAUUUAAAUUGUGCUACAGGAAUUCAGAUAUUGUCUUGCAAUCUUUAAACAAUAAAUGAAUGAUUUCCCCUUAA